AUGGCAAGUACAUAUCAAAAUCGUUCACGUACUAUCGGAUAUCCAACAACUAAAAAAUCUCGAGCAAAAAAACCAAUCUCACAACAAUAUCAUUCUACAAUAAAAAACAAUCCUAAUAGUAUUAAAAUACGAUUUGGAAAUAAUUCAUCACAAAAUUCAAUGUAUAAACCAACAUCGAUAUUAAAGAAAAAAACAUUUCAACAACAACAACGACGACUACCAUAUAAUAAUCGUAUCAAUGAAAAUGUUCUCAAUUGGCAACAACCAACUGAUCUUGAUUUAUUUCAAUCAAGACCAUUCUAUAGUCCUAUUGUUACGCCACCGAGAUUACGACAGUUAGUAACACCACCUGGUAGUGGACCUUAUCAAAAUUAUUAUAAUUUACGUCGAUUUAAUAGUCCAUUGCCACCACUUGAUGAUUUAUAUUCUCCGCCAAUUGGUCUUGACAAUUGGGGUCUUAAUUCAACUGAUUAUCGUUCAACUUUAAAUGCUAAUCUAAUUCGACGAUAUCCAUCACCUUUAUCUCGUUAUGGUUUGGGUAGUGAACUUCAAAGACAAAAGAAGCCAUACAUUGUGGUACCUCAUCUAAGUAAUCUUUUAUCUCCACCUGUGAGUGGUAGUGAUGGUGGUAAUUUCAUACUGCCAUCACGUCGAAUAGCACCGGUCUAUGAUCCAGUUUUACACUAUGCAUACCCUGAACGAAUGCUUUAUUUUCCUUCACAACUAUUUCACCGUGAACUGUCGGAUUAUGCAUCUUCACCACAAAAUGAAGCAUUUACUAAUCAUUAUAUAAAUGAUUUUAUUGAUAGAAGUAUUGAAAAUGAAUUUAUACCAGAUAUGUUACUUGAAGUUUUUAGUGAACUUGAUCAAGAAAAAAAACAAAAUGAUAGAUCUUAUAGAUCAGACAUUGAACGAUAUUAUACAGAAUUAAAUAGACGUAUGAAUCAAGAUCAAACAAAUAAUUAUUUAAUGUCCGACGAUUUGAUACGUGAACUUGAUUAUCAACGUCCACAUAUUUCUACAUCUAACUUCGAUUCAAAUUUAUCUUUAUUGAGAUCAUCAGAUUUUCAAGAGGAUCGGUCUCUACAAACAAUUAAUCGACUACGAUAUCAUGAUUUACCAUCUGAUGUACAAGGACGAUUAUUAACGAAUAUUAAUCAAGAAUUAGUCGAUUUUGAAAUUGAAAAUAUGUUAAGAGAAUUAAGUAGUGAAACUUUAGCUGAUCAACCUCGUAAGAUUCCAAUGAUGUAUAAUACUACUUAUAAUAUCUAUAAUACAAGCAGACCACAAGUUGAUCAAAUUCAAUAUAAUGCAAUUGAAGAUCAUGCACAAAAUAAACUAUUAGAUACAAUAUGUUUAGAUGAAUUAAUUCAAAAAUAUCUUAAACAAAAUGGUUCUAUUGUUGAUAUUGAUGAUCUUUCACGUUUAUUAGAUGUAACUAUGCUUCAUAAUUUAGUUGAUCAAUAUCAACAAAUCGAUGAAAAUCGUUCAAGAACAUUAGAUAAUUAUGCAUCAAACAAAUUUCAUAUUAAUUCAUAUAUGAAUGUUACAAUGGAUUUAUUAUUAAAUGAGCUCAGCAGCAGUCUUAUUGAGGACAUGAAAGAUUUGGAUGAACAAAAACGAAGAACAUUUUAA